AUGUCUAUGGAGUCCAAGAAUCAAUUUUAUAACAAGGUGAAACCAUUUCUGGCGGUAAUUUCAGUACAAGUUGGCUAUGCAGGACUGUCCAUUAUCAGUAAGUUUGCACUAAACAAGGGGAUGAGUCCACAUGUGUUCAUAGUCUACCGGUAUGCCAUUGCCACUGUUGUCAUUGCUCCUUUUGCUAUUGUCUUGGAUAGGAAUAGACGGCCAAAGUUGACCUACUUUGUCUUUGCCAAGAUUGUGUUGCUCGCCUUAUUGGGGAUUGUAAUAUGCCAGAACUUGCUCUACACUGGGAUGAAGUAUACUACGGCAGCUUUUUCAAGAGCCAUAGACAAUGUUAUUCCUGCGUUUGCAUUUUCAAUGGCUUGGAUUUUAGGUCUUGAGAAAGUAAAUAUUAGGAGUUGGCGUGGCCAGACAAAGGUAUUGGGGACCAUAGUCACGGUUGGGGGGGCCAUGCUUAUGACACUGGUUAAAGGACCUAUGUUGAAUCUGCCAUGGACAAAUGGAAAUGACCAUCAAGAAUCUACUAGUGCAGCAAAUAAGCACGAUGUCAUCAAGGGUGCUCUCAUGAUGCUAGCAGGUUCUGUCAGCUGGUCUGGUUUCGUUAUUCUUCAAGCAAUUACGCUGGAAUCCUACCCAACAGAGCUUUCCCUAACAGUUUUGAUAUGUUUGAUGGGCACAUUGGAAAGUACCAUGGUGGCCCUUGCAAUGGAAUGGGGGAACCUCAUGGCCUGGUCAAUACGCUUAGAUAUUAAGCUCUUUGCUGUUGUAUACGCUGGCAUAGUAACUUCAGCGUUCCCUAUUUACAUUCAAGGAUUGGUAAUGAAGGACAAAGGACCUGUUUUUGUGACUGCUUUUAGUCCACUAAGCACAGUUCUAGUUGCAAUUAUAGGCUCCUUCAUUCUGUACGAGGCAAUGUGCUUAGGAAGCGUUAUUGGAGCAACAAUCAUUGUUGCUGGCAUAUAUCUAGUUUUAUGGGGCAAGAGCCAGGAUCAACUAGGAUUGAAGUCAGGCGGCGAAGAGGUAGUACCAACUGCCCAAAAUAUGGCUACAAUGAAUGGAAGGAUUACUACUUCAAAUCAAGAAUUUCUAGCCAUCAAUGGGACAAUUAUGAAAUCGACAGAAGGAAAUGCAUGA